AUGUGGAACAGUGGGGUUCCGGUGCCCCUUCCUCCUCAUCCGUCACAGGCUGCCCCGUCUAUGCAACAGCCGCCGAUGGCGCCACCGGGAACGGUAGGGGUUCUAGGGAUGGGACCCCCACCGCCGAUACCGCCACCACCACAACCGCCUGCGCCGGCUGCGCAGCCGGAUUUCAGGAUACCCCUCACCGAUGAGGAGAGGAAGAGGGUACUGGACGACCGGGCGCAGAAGUGGCACCAGCUUAACUCGAAGAGGUACGGGGACAAGCGGAAAUUCGGGUUCGUGGAGACUCAGAAAGAGGAUAUGCCCCCGGAGCACGUUCGUAAGAUCAUCAGGUGAGUUGAUGAACAUGAUAUAGUGAUUGGAACAUCAUUCAUUUCAUCAUCUCAUUCAUAUUUCAUACAUGUCGUGCUUCGACGUCUGUGUUUAUAGGAAUUUGAGCUGUGUUUUCUUCCACCCGUAUCUUCUGCACACUAGUGGUGAUCAGUCUUUUCAGAAUCCAGUUGGAUGCAUCUGUUCUUUGUUUGCCCUAUCAGGACCCAUCCUGCCGUGCAGAUCCCGUUUGAGGAUUAAUGAUUGGAACCUUUUUACGAUGGGGGUUGACAUUUUUAAUCAUGCGAACAUCUCUUCAUUUUUUCUGUUGAGAGCUGAGCCUUGUAUGUACUGUCAUGAAGUUUAUUUUUGUUUUUAUUUGUCCAAAUGGGGCCCCAAAAACUGUUGGCUUAUUCAUAGAGAGGUAUAUAUUCUGGAACCUCAGUUUAUAGAGAGCUGUACAACCGUCAUGCUAUUUGACCGAAGUUUUUCAACUUUCACUUCCUCCGUCUGUCUUCCCUUUCUCAUUUUAAAUCAUGUUUUUUUCCUCUUUUUUUAUUUCUGUUCAGGGACCAUGGAGAUAUGUCCUCUAAGAAAUACCGCCAUGAUAAGCGUGUGUAUCUUGGGGCACUCAAGUUUAUUCCACACGCAGUGUACAAGCUGUUAGAGAAUAUGCCGAUGCCUUGGGAACAGGUUCUUUUCUUAUCUUCUAGAGGCAUAGAACUUUAUCUUCCUUGGUCUCUUGAUUUUGGCUUGUCUAGCUCCUGACAUAUUUUUUUGCCAUGGAAGGUUCGUGAUGUAAAAAUUUUGUAUCACAUCACUGGUGCGAUCACAUUUGUCAAUGAGAUUCCAUGGGUGGUCGAGCCUAUAUAUUUGGCACAGGUAUUUUAUUUCGAAUUUUUAUUAUGAGUUUAUUUUUUUGCAUAAAGAGCAUAUGUAGGUGAUAGCUUGAAAUACGGACCCCAAGUUUUGGAAGAAGUUUUUUGCUGCACAGUCUUCUAAUAAACCUUUUCAGAUCUCAUCCAAAUUUUAACUACUAUUCUUUAGCUUAUGUAAAAUUUUCUUGCAAAAUCAUUUUUAUCUCCUUGAUGCUGAUUAUCAAACCUUCGUUCUUGUUUCUCCCAAAAGUGCCCCAGACUUCUGAUCUUGAUUCAUUAGGCUUAAUGAUGGAUAAGUUGUUGGGGAGGGUGGGGUGCACUGGCAGUGCAAUCGUGUAUGUUUUUCUCAACUAUGUUGCCUACUUGGUUUUCGUUUCAUUAGCUGUCACCUGCUCUGAAUACAUAUUUUUAAUGAAUAUCCUAGUUGCUGUAAUAUUAGAUAGUUUAAAGCCUUGACAUCGGUUGUUCUUAGUACGUUUUCAAAGAGAACAAAAUUUAUGGCUUCUUUUGCCAAGUGAACUUCCUGGUAUAUAUGAACAAAAUUUAUGAGCUUUGUAAUUUAUUAAAUAUUGGACUUCUACAGUGGGGUACAAUGUGGAUAAUGAUGCGAAGGGAGAAAAGGGACCGGCGUCAUUUCAAGAGAAUGCGAUUCCCUCCUUUUGAUGAUGAGGAACCUCCACUGGAUUAUGCCGACAAUGUGCUGGAUGUGGAUCCACUUGAAUCCAUACAGUUGGAAUUGGAUGAAGAAGAAGAUUCUGCUGUGUAUACAUGGUUCUAUGAUCAUAAACCUCUCGUGAAAACAAAGCUCAUCAAUGGUCCUAGUUAUAGGAAGUGGCAUCUUUCGCUGCCAAUCAUGGCCACUCUUCAUCGGCUUGCAGGACAGCUACUGUCUGAUCUGAUUGACCGCAAUUAUUUCUACCUGUUUGACAUGGAGUCAUUUUUCACUGCUAAAGCACUGAACAUGUGCAUACCAGGUACACUUGCUUCUUGUCGCAUUUCCUACAGAUCCUCUCUUUGAUGAGGAAACUAAAUAAAUCUAUUUACCAUCCAACCCCUUUUUAUUUUGUCGUUGAUGGAGUAGAUCUAAUUUGCCUUCUGGUGGCAUAAUUACUCAUAUCUUACAACUUUGAGAUAUGUCCUUUGAUGGUUUUUCUGUGUCAAUUUAAUAUGUCCUCUAAUGUAGGCAUACGAUAAAGCCACCAUUAUGUUAGAAUUUUUUUUUUUUCCGGGACGAUUUCUACUAAUCCCUCAAGGAAAUCUUAGAUUCUUAUUUUUCUAUAGCUUUUUCCAUAUUUAUAUUAAAUUUUAUUACAUUUUAUUGCAGGUGGUCCCAAAUUUGAACCGUUGUACCGGGACAUGGAAAAGGGCGAUGAAGAUUGGAAUGAAUUUAAUGACAUUAACAAACUCAUCAUCCGUUCUCCUCUCAGGACUGAGUACAGAAUUGCUUUUCCUCAUCUUUACAAUAACAGACCUAGGAAAGUGAAACUUGGCAUAUAUCAUACUCCUAUGAUAAUGUACAUAAAGACUGAGGAUCCUGAUUUGCCAGCAUUCUACUAUGACCCUUUGAUUAAUCCCGUUACCUCAGUCAGCAAGGUUGACCGCCGAGAGAGGCGGGGUUAUGAGGAGGAUGAUGAGGAAGAUUUUGAACUUCCUGAUGGUGUGGAGCCCUUUUUGCAAAGUGUUCAGCUGUAUACUGAUACCACUGCUGCUGGUAUAUCGUUAUUAUUUGCUCCAAGGCCAUUUAACAUGAGAUCUGGCCGGAUGAGAAGGGCUGAGGACAUACCUCUUGUAUCAGAGUGGUACAAGGAGCAUUGGUAAGCGAUGAAUCCUAUGUCUAUCUUCUCCAAAAUGCUGUUUUCUUUACGUUAGAAGCAUUCAAAUCUUACAUCUUUCCUUUUAAAUUCAGCUUUCAACUUAUGUUGUAAUAUUAUCUUUUUGCAGCCCUCCAUCAUAUCCAGUUAAAGUUCGGGUGAGCUACCAAAAGUUGUUGAAAUGCUUUGUACUCAAUGAGCUGCAUCACAGACCUCCCAAGGCACAGAAAAAGAAGCAUUUAUUUCGGUCUCUUCAAGCAACUAAGUUCUUUCAGACUACUGAGUUGGAUUGGGCAGAAGCAGGUCUUCAAGUUUGCAAGCAGGGUUACAACAUGCUUAAUUUGUUGAUACAUAGAAAAAAUCUUAACUAUCUUCACCUUGAUUACAAUUUCAACUUGAAGCCUGUGAAGACACUUACUACAAAGGAGAGGAAAAAGUCUCGCUUUGGAAAUGCUUUUCAUUUAUGUCGUGAAAUUUUGCGUCUUACAAAGCUUGUUGUUGAUGCCAACAUCCAAUUUCGACUGGGAAAUGUGGAUGCAUUUCAACUUGCUGAUGGGCUGCAGUACACCUUUUCACAUGUUGGCCAGCUAACAGGCAUGUAUCGCUACAAGUAUCGUCUUAUGCGCCAGAUCAGGAUGUGCAAGGACUUGAAGCAUUUGAUUUACUACCGCUUUAAUACUGGACCUGUUGGGAAGGGACCUGGCUGUGGCUUCUGGGCACCAAUGUGGAGGGUUUGGUUAUUUUUCCUUCGUGGUAUUGUGCCCUUGCUGGAAAGGUGGCUGGGUAAUUUACUUGCACGCCAGUUUGAAGGUCGUCAUUCGAAGGGAGUUGCAAAGACUGUUACUAAGCAGCGUGUUGAGAGCCAUUUUGAUUUGGAACUUCGAGCCGCAGUUAUGCAUGAUAUUCUUGAUGCCAUGCCAGGUGAUUCUAUGAGUCAAAUAUUUAUGUGCUUUAUCCUCUUAGUUAUUACUGAAACUGAAAAAAUGACUGAUCAUGAUCUUUAAUCUGGCUGACAUGCAACUGCAUACAGUUCAAAGACAUGAUAUAUACAAUAAACCAUUGACCUGAUCAGUUCUCUGUGAAUAAGCGAGAUACUUGUCUAGUUUUCGUGGACUUCAUUUGGAAUCAUUCUAUACAUGAUUUCUUUUUAGCUUUUUUUGCAUUUUGUAUUGCCCAUAGAUGAAAUUAAAGUAUAGAAAUGCCUUUUGUUGCAGAGGGCAUCAAGCAGAAUAAAGCUAGAACUAUUUUGCAGCAUCUGAGCGAAGCAUGGCGUUGUUGGAAAGCAAACAUUCCCUGGAAGGUACAAUGAUGUUAUUUUAUGAUGUUUAACUUGUAUACUUUUUUGCCUUACAGCUGCCUCACAGAUAGAUAUUUUCAGGUUCCUGGGCUCCCUGUCCCCAUUGAGAACAUGAUUCUUCGCUAUGUGAAGUCAAAAGCAGAUUGGUGGACAAAUGUAGCUCAUUACAAUCGUGAGCGUAUAAGAAGAGGGGCAACAGUUGACAAGACUGUUUGCCGAAAGAACCUGGGGAGGUUAACUCGUUUGUGGUUGAAGGCUGAGCAGGUAAACUUACUUGAUCACUCUUUUUUCCCUAUAUCAAUUAUGUUAUACCUCAGCUUCUUUCAUGUUGGUUAUCAUCUAAAACUCUAUCACCAAUUCCUUCAUGCUGUCAACUUCUUUUCUUAAGUGUUUCCUAGUGCAAGGCAAUGUCUUCAUUGGAGUGAAGUGAAUAGGAGGCCUAUCUCUUUUUAUUCUCUGACUAGAAGCCCACCUGUGUCUGUUAGCUGACUUAAUUCACACCAUAUUUUUAUUUUUAUUUUUGCAAUAAUUUAAAAGAAAAGUAAAAUUUAGUAUCAUACGUAUUGCUAUGUAUUUUGGGGAUGGUCCCUUCUUUCCUGUCACUUUAUCUUUCGAAUGUGCCUUACCAGAUGCUAAUUCAUCGCAGGAGAGGCAACACAAUUACUUGAAAGAUGGUCCAUAUGUGACACCUGAAGAGGCAGUUGCUAUAUAUACUACCACUGUGCAUUGGCUUGAGUCAAGAAAGUUUUCUCCCAUACCAUUUCCUCCUUUAUCCUACAAACAUGACACAAAGCUUCUUAUCCUUGCACUUGAGAGGUUGAAGGAGUCUUAUAGCGUGGCUGUGAGAUUAAACCAGCUACAAAGGGAAGAAUUAGGUCUCAUUGAGCAAGCUUAUGACAAUCCACAUGAGGCAUUGUCACGAAUUAAGCGGCACCUGCUUACACAGCGUGCUUUUAAGGAAGUACGUUCAUGACCUUGAGAAUGGCUGUGGAAAUUUUAUUUUAGACAAUUCUUGAAUAACUGAAAAUGAUUUUUUCUGCAGGUUGGCAUUGAGUUCAUGGAUCUCUACAGUUAUCUCAUUCCUGUUUAUGAAAUUGAACCGCUAGAGAAAAUCACUGAUGCAUACCUUGAUCAAUACCUGUGGUAUGAAGGAGACAAGCGUCACCUCUUUCCUAACUGGAUCAAACCUGCUGACUCUGAACCACCACCACUUCUGGUUUAUAAAUGGUGUCAAGGUAUAAACAAUUUACAGGGUGUAUGGGAUACGAACGACGGGCAGUGUGUUGUGAUGCUGCAGACGAAGUUUGAGAAAUUCUAUGAGAAAAUUGAUUUGACCAUGUUAAAUAGGUAACUUCAGUCUUUUCCUAUUUUUUCAGACCAGCCUGGAGAAGCUUCUGUUGAAUAUUGAUAUAACGAUGUUAUAAUUUUUUUCCUUUUCAGGCUCCUCCGCUUAGUUCUCGACCACAACAUCGCUGAUUAUGUCACUGCUAAGAAUAAUGUUGUCUUAUCGUACAAGGAUAUGAGCCACACAAACUCGUAUGGUCUUAUUCGUGGUCUUCAAUUUGCCUCCUUUGUGGUGCAGUAUUAUGGGCUGGUCCUAGAUCUUCUGCUUCUUGGUUUGACCCGGGCAAGUGAAAUCGCUGGGCCUCCUCAGUUGCCCAAUGAGUUUCUUACUUAUGCAGACACCAAAAUUGAAGCCAGGCAUCCAAUACGUUUGUAUUCCCGCUACAUUGAUAAAGUGCACAUUCUAUUCCAUUUCACUCAUGAGGAGGCACGUGACCUCAUUCAGCGUUAUCUUACUGAGCACCCUGAUCCAAAUAAUGAGAAUAUGGUUGGUUAUAAUAACAAGAAGUGCUGGCCUAGGGAUGCAAGAAUGAGGCUCAUGAAGCAUGAUGGUAGGUUUUUCUAAUUUUAGAAAAUUGAAAUGCUUUUAGCCAGGUUCUUUGUAGCAUGGCAUCGUGAUUCCAUUGCAUUGCAGUUAAUCUCGGAAGAAGUGUCUUUUGGGACAUGAAGAACAGGCUUCCUCGAAGUAUCACAACGUUGGAGUGGGAAAACAGUUUUGUUUCUGUUUACAGCAAGGAUAAUCCUAACUUGCUUUUCAGCAUGUAAGUUUAAAUGGCUUUCUAUUUACAGACUAUGUUACCAUCCUCCUUUUUACAGACAUCACCCUGCUACUGGUCCAUGAAAGUAUAGGUCUACUUAAUAGAGACUAGUUUAGUCAUCUACAAAAAAAAGUUAAUGAAAUUUCAGCAUUUUCUCUCGUUCUUACUUGAGAGUAUGUCUAAUGAGAGGAUUUUCGCUGACGUUUGGUUCAAUUAUAUAUUUUUAGGUGUGGUUUUGAGGUACGAAUAUUGCCAAAAAUUAGAAUGACUCUGGAAGCAUUUAGCAACACAAAAGAUGGAGUCUGGAACUUGCAGAACGAGCAGACUAAGGAGAGAACUGCAAUAGCGUUCUUACGUGUUGAUGAUGAACAUAUGAAAGUGUUUGAGAAUCGUGUACGUCAGAUCCUUAUGUCGUCAGGCUCUACAACCUUUACUAAGAUUGUCAACAAAUGGAACACAGCUCUUAUAGGUGUGUGAGAAAUGUCAUUUUUCCCUUCCCUGUCAUUUGGAAAUUUCCCCUUUCUGUUCACUAAGCCAUGGUACUUCUCCGUCAGGCCUUAUGACAUACUUCCGCGAAGCAACAGUGCAUACCCAGGAGUUGUUGGAUUUGCUUGUAAAAUGUGAAAACAAGAUCCAGACACGUAUCAAGAUUGGUUUGAAUUCAAAGAUGCCCAGCAGGUAGUCUGCAGCCACAAAACCUGUUCUUGGUUGACUGUGAUCUUCGAUGAAUUGCUUUUAUAAAAAUCGUGUUCUUCUUUUCAGGUUCCCUCCUGUUAUCUUUUACACGCCUAAGGAAAUUGGAGGCCUUGGGAUGUUGUCAAUGGGGCACAUUUUGAUCCCCCAAAGUGAUCUCCGGUACAGCAAGCAAACAGAUGUUGGGGUGACACAUUUUAGAAGCGGUAUGAGCCAUGAGGAAGAUCAGCUUAUUCCAAACCUUUAUCGUUACAUUCAGGUUGGUUCAGUUCAGAUUUCUUGUUUCUUUCCCUUUAGUUAUCUACAUAUCUCUUUGUUUUUAUUCUUCUCACUUGAGAAUUUAAUCUUACCUCGUUUCCAUGUGCAGCCAUGGGAAAGUGAAUUCAUUGAUUCGCAACGUGUUUGGGCUGAGUAUGCUCUGAAGAGACAAGAAGCACAAUCACAAAACAGACGAUUGACCCUUGAGGAUCUUGAGGUAUGUUCUAUGGAAAUUGUGUGGUACUCCAUUGUCAUUCAAUGUGGUUCAAUAACCGUUUUCUAUCUUAAACUUCUUGUUUGUGUCUUAUAACCUUUAUCUAUCUUGCCUAUUUUAUUCAUUGGCCUAAACUGACAUCAGCUGAUACGGUAAGAUUGUAGAAUGACCAUGAUGAUGGUGAUGAUCAUGAUGAACUUACAAUCCUGUUGUUUACCUCUCCUUUCUGACAGGACUCAUGGGACAGGGGAAUCCCUCGGAUAAAUACCCUUUUCCAGAAGGAUCGUCAUACUUUGGCAUAUGACAAGGGUUGGCGAGUACGCACUGAUUUUAAGCAGUACCAAGUGCUGAAACAAAAUCCAUUUUGGUGGACCCAUCAGAGACAUGAUGGCAAGUUGUGGAACUUGAACAAUUAUAGGACUGAUGUCAUCCAAGCCCUGGGAGGAGUUGAAGGAAUACUUGAGCAUACCUUGUUUAAAGGAACAUAGUAAGUCAAAUGGAAAUCAUUAUUGAGCAUUUUUACCUUUCGACCACUCUGACCUAAAUAUGCAUUUUUACCUUUCUAUUUAAAUGGUUUUUGCUAUAUGUAAUGUCUGAUAUUUAAUUGCUUCUCUCUAUGCCUUAACUAUUUGAUGUCUUGGACAGAUUCUUCACCAUAUUUCUUAGGUCUUCUGUAUUGAUUAUCUUUCUCUGGUUUUAUUGCCUUGCAGUUUCCCGACAUGGGAAGGUCUGUUCUGGGAGAAGGCCUCUGGUUUUGAGGAAUCUAUGAAGUACAAGAAACUGACUAAUGCACAGCGAUCUGGGUUGAAUCAGAUUCCUAACCGUAGGUUUACCCUGUGGUGGUCUCCUACAAUAAAUCGAGCAAAUGUGUAUGUAGGAUUUCAAGUGCAGCUAGAUCUUACAGGAAUAUUCAUGCACGGAAAGAUUCCGACAUUGAAAAUAUCUUUAAUUCAGAUAUUCCGUGCUCAUCUUUGGCAAAAGGUCCAUGAAAGUGUUGUCAUGGAUCUCUGCCAGGUGUUGGAUCAGGAGUUGGAUGCAUUGGAAAUCGAGACUGUGCAGAAAGAAACGAUACAUCCUAGGAAGAGUUAUAAAAUGAACAGCUCAUGUGCCGAUAUCCUACUAUUUGCUGCGCACAGAUGGCCAAUGUCGAAACCUAGCUUGGUAGCUGAGUCCAAGGAUGUUUUUGACCAGAAGGCGAGCAAUAAAUAUUGGAUAGACGUCCAGCUCCGCUGGGGAGACUACGAUUCUCAUGAUAUAGAACGGUAUACAAGGGCAAAGUUCAUGGAUUACACCACGGACAACAUGUCAAUAUAUCCUUCUCCAACUGGUAGGCUUCUUUACUUUCGACUCUGCUUGGGUUUCCUUUUAUGUAUCUAUAUUUCAUACGAUUUUAUUUUUUUUCUCAAAGGGGUGAUGAUUGGACUUGACCUAGCAUAUAACUUGCACUCUGCAUUUGGCAAUUGGUUUCCUGGGUCAAAACCAUUGCUAGCUCAAGCAAUGAAUAAGAUUAUGAAGGUAAAUUUUCUUGGGACAAGCAUCAGAUACUGGAUCCAGAAAAUGUGAAAAUAGCUCAACUAACUCGUCUAUAUUAAUAUUGCAGUCGAAUCCUGCCUUGUAUGUUCUGAGAGAAAGAAUACGGAAAGGCCUGCAGCUUUAUUCCUCUGAACCAACGGAGCCAUACCUUUCAUCACAAAACUACGGGGAGAUAUUCAGCAACCAGAUCAUAUGGUUUGUUGACGACACUAAUGUCUAUAGAGUCACGAUACACAAGACCUUUGAAGGAAAUCUUACCACAAAGCCCAUCAAUGGUGCAAUCUUUAUAUUCAACCCAAGGACCGGACAACUCUUUCUGAAGGUUGUUCUUAUUCCUCCUUUGUUUGUCAGCUAGCAGUUACAGCGAUAAUGUUUAAUUAUUGACCUGAGGAACUGUUUCAGGUCAUCCACACGAGUGUCUGGGCAGGGCAAAAGCGUCUGGGUCAGCUAGCUAAGUGGAAGACAGCAGAGGAGGUGGCUGCUCUGGUGCGCUCGUUGCCUGUUGAAGAACAGCCGAAGCAAAUCAUCGUGACCCGCAAGGGAAUGUUGGAUCCUUUGGAGGUUCACUUGCUCGACUUCCCAAACAUAGUAAUCAAGGGUAGUGAGCUUCAGCUGCCAUUCCAGGCGUGUCUCAAGAUUGAGAAGUUCGGUGAUCUCAUUCUGAAGGCUACUGAGCCGCAGAUGGUUCUCUUCAACAUCUAUGAUGAUUGGUUAAAGAGCAUCUCAUCAUACACCGCCUUCUCUCGUCUCAUAUUGAUAUUGAGGGCGCUCCAUGUGAAUAAUGAGAAGGCAAAGAUGCUCUUGAAACCGGACAAAACCAUUGUCACGGAGCCGCACCACAUCUGGCCUUCUCUCACAGACGACCAGUGGAUGAAGGUAGUCUCCUCCUGCUAUUUUGACGAGAUUACUUUGUUGAUUCAUUUUCGUGAAGCAUAAUAACGGGAUCUGGUCCUCUUGUGCAGGUGGAAGUCGCUCUGAGGGAUCUUAUACUCUCAGAUUAUGCAAAGAAGAAUAAUGUGAACACAUCAGCCUUGACGCAGUCUGAAAUCCGUGACAUAAUACUCGGGGCAGAGAUAACCCCGCCUUCACAGCAGAGACAACAGAUUGCCGAGAUUGAGAAACAGGUGAUUUUUUUUCCCCCCCAAGAAGAUUUAUCCGUUCAGAUCUCUGAUAAUUAAUGAUUUGCAGCAUCCCUGAUGAUUUCUUCUUUUUUUUAAUUAUCUAUAUAAUCUGCAGGCGAAAGAAGCAAGCCAGUUGACUGCAGUGACGACAAAGACGACAAAUGUGCAUGGUGACGAACUCAUUGUCACCACAACGAGCCCUUACGAGCAAGCAGCGUUUGGAUCCAAGACUGAUUGGCGUGUCAGGGCUAUCUCGGCCACAAAUCUUUAUCUGCGAGUAAAUCAUAUUUAUGUGAAUUCAGAUGACAUCAAGGUAUUGCUGGGCUGACUUCCUUUACAUUUAAUUCAUCGUUAUUUUCGUCGAAUAAUCAUCUAAAUAAUAAUCAUCAACCUUUCAGGAAACGGGGUACACGUACAUCAUGCCCAAGAACAUUUUGAAGAAGUUCAUCUGUGUGGCGGACCUUCGGACUCAGAUCUGUGGGUACCUUUAUGGGCUGAGCCCUCAAGAUAACCCGCAGGUGAAGGAGAUCAGGUGUAUAGCCAUGCCCCCGCAGUGGGGCACCCACCAGCAAGUCAACCUCCCUUCUUCUCUCCCCGAGCACGAGUUCCUGAACGACCUGGAACCACUAGGGUGGAUGCACACGCAGCCAAACGAGCUCCCCCAACUCUCUCCUCAGGUUUGGAUCUCUCUUUUAAAUUGGAAUUCAUCCUUUUUUUUCUCUUCUUCUCUUUUCCAUUCUCUAGGUCAAAUCGUUUCUUUUCUCUAGUGCUCUUCUUCCUCAUCAAACCAAGGAAAGGGUUUUCCUUUGCGGAUCCCUCAUUUUCCUCCCGUUUCUUUCUUAUAAUACGUAAACAUCGAGCUUAUUCGGAAUAUUCGAGCUGGGGCAAAUAAACCCUCGACAAGAGAAUGAAAGAAGGUUGGUGCUAGAUGCUGUUGUUUCUAACGUGUUGGUGUUGGUUCUUCCGCCAGGAUCUCACCUCCCAUGCUCGGAUUCUGGAGAACAACAAGCAGUGGGACGGUGAGAAGUGCAUCGUUCUGACCUGCAGCUUCACCCCUGGCUCCUGCUCUCUGACCGCCUACAAGCUCACGCCGACCGGGUAUGAGUGGGGCCGGGUGAACAAGGACACCGGGAGCAAUCCUCAUGGGUACCUCCCAACCCACUACGAGAAGGUCCAGAUGCUCCUCAGCGACCGCUUCCUCGGGUUCUACAUGGUAUUUUUUUCAGUAACAACCCACUCUCCUUUAUCAUCUUUGAAAUAAAUCGUUAUCUAUCUAAAAGAAGUAAUAUUAAAAUAUACAGACGCAUGUGCUUGGAUAAUUGGAUGCAUUGAAUCAAUAUGUGCUUGCAUAAUCCCACGAGUGUCAUGAAAUAAAUUAGAACUUAUGAGAUUACUAUAUAUGUGCCUCUGUAAUCACGUCUAUCUUAUGAAAUUCAUCACAAUCUUUAAUAGUUUAUGUAUAAGUUCUUGCAUGAUCUCAUCACUGUUGUGGAAUGAAUUGCGUUGUCAUCUGAUUGGAUUAAUAUAUGUAUCUCUGUGCUCGCAUUAUCCUAUCGAUAUGAUGAAAUGAAUUUCAACCAUGUAAGAUUGAUAUAAGCACAUUUGUGACUGUAUAAUCCUCCCACCUUUAAAUAUGGAAUCAAUCGUCUUGGUUUGAUGGAGAAUGGCUCUGAUCAUUCAUCCCCGCCGGCAGGUUCCCGACAACGGCCCGUGGAACUACAACUUCAUGGGGGUGAAGCACACGGCAAGCAUGAAGUACGGGAUGAAGCUGGGGACGCCGAGAGAGUACUACCACGAGGAUCACCGCCCGACCCACUUCCUUGAGUUCAGCAACCUGGAGGAGGGUGAGGCCGGGGAGGGCGACCGUGAGGAUACCUUCACCUGA